AUGAACAGAAUUGUUUCCUGGCAGCUGAUGCUUUUUCUCUGUGCCAUCUCCUUCAGGGAAACAUUAGAAAAGGUGGCACCCAUGGAGAAUCCUAGAUCCACAGGCGAGGCCAUAGACAGUAGCCUGAGCAGUGAUCCUACUGCUGAGACAGCCAGUUUGGCACUGAGCUCUCAGCUUCCUAGAAGUCAAGGAACAAAGGGAAGCCUGGGCCCGGGCUGGGAGCCGCUGGGUGUUCCGAGACGCCUCUCCUGGCCCCGCCUCACUCGGCCUCUCCCUGUGGCUCUGUCCUUAGGCCAGCGACUCGGCCCCCUGGCGUUCCAGCCCCACUGGGAACAGAGCCUGCGGUGCGCGGACCCCGCGACCGCCGCGGGGUCCCGGCGGCUAGGCCUGUGCGUGCCCCGCAGCCGCCUGAUCCCCGCCCCGCGGGGCGCCGCGCUGGUGCAGCGGGAGAAGGACCUGUCGGCCUAUAGGUGGAACUCGUUCGGCCUGCGCUACGGCCGGCGGCGGGCGGCGCCCCGGCAUGGCGCCUAGGGACAGAGACUUCCAACGCCCCCCUGGUGGCCCCGCGCAAGCGGGGCGGGGCUGGGGGCCGGCAAGGGGAGGGGGCCUGGAGCGUCUGUCCUGAAGCAAUAAAGGAAGUGCUGCCAGCUCGCCCGCGUGCGAUUCGUGAGUGAUUUUUGCAAGCAGCACCGAUGGGGCUGUUUCCCUUCUCUCCUCGGUGGGCUCUUGAGCUAGUUCUAAGAUGGCGAUAGUGUUCUCAGGGACAGUGCUUUUCAAACUUGAGGUGGUGAAGGACCAGGUUUCUUCAGCCUGGGGCAGAUCAAUACUUUUAACACACACACACACACACACACACACACACACACACACACACACACACACAGAAAAAUUUUAAAAUAACUAAAGAAACAAAUUAGAUGCUGCUUGGUGUUUUCAGCAAUAUCAAAUUUCCAUAAAAUUUUCCAAAGAUAUCUUCUUCCUUUUUAGACUUAUCUCACUGCAAAUGCAUCACAAACAUUUAGCAGAGAGGCGUGGGCCACGGCACAUACUUUAAGUAGCUCGGACCUAGGCCGGUGGAAGGCAGACAGCUUAAGGACCUCCCCUUUUCCCUGGGAAGUUUUCCGCCAGUUGGACAGCUUAAUUUGGAGGAUGAUGCCAACCACUGCCCUGGUCAUCGAGGCUUAAUAUCACCCCAGCCUCAGAGUCAGAUCUGAACUGAGUGGUCAGCUUCAAGGCACUGAAGCUCUACUCCAAGUGCAAGGGGUGUCAGCAGUGGACUGGGCCAUUCAUCCUCCCCCUCCCCACGCCAAGCCCUGGAUGGAGUCAGUACUUUACGUGUAUCCCUAACUCCUCUGCAUCCUCAUAACCCCCCAGGGAGCUGGACAUGUAUCUCCAUUUUCACAGGCGAGAACCCUGAGGUUCAGAAAGAUAAAUAACUCAAGGCACACAGUCCAUGAGAGGCAAGCCUAAUCAGGCUUCGAACGCCAGAGCGGGGCUCCCCCACUGCACUGAGAGGGCAGCGUUUGCCAUCUAAGUCAGCUGUGGUGGAUAUCAGGAAAGGUCAGUCUGCCUUGUGUGCACAUUUCCAGGGAUCCCCAAUAGCUGGGGAGUUGGAAUUGCUACAGGGUGGAGUAGAGCUUGUCAGCAGAGAAACUCCAAGAAGUCCACCCUUCUACCCAAGAGAAAACCUAGCCCUAUUUGACAGCCUCGAGCUACCCCUACUUGG